CGCUGCGGCUGCGGGCGGCGAGGGCUGCACCAUGGGCCGGCUGCCGCCGCCGCCGCUGCUGCUGCUGCUGCUGCUGGCCGGAGGAACAACCCUGGGCACGUGUGCAGCUGGGUCUGAUGAGCCUGGACCAGAGGGCCUGACCUCCACCUCCCUGCUGGAACUCCUGCCACCCACUGGCCUGGAGCCGCUGGACUCUGAGGAGCCCAGUGAGGCCAUGGGCCUGGGAGCUGGCCUGGGAGCCCCCGGCUCGGGCUUCCCCAGUGAAGAGGGUGAGGACUCCCGGAUCCUGCAGCCGCCACAGUACUUCUGGGAAGAGGAGGAGGAGUUGAAUGACUCAAGUCUGGACCUGGGGCCUACUGCAGACUACGGCUUUCCAGAUCUAACAGAGAAAGCGAGGCCCAUGGAGGACACCAGCCAGGCUCAGGAGCUGCCGAGCCUCCCCUCUCCCUUGCCCAAGAUGAAUCUGGUUGAGCCCCCCUGGCAUGUGCCUCCUGAAGGGGAGGAAGAUCAGGAGGAAGAGGAGGAGCAGGAGGAGGAGAGGGAGACAGAAGAGGAGGAGGAGGAGGAGCAGCAGGAGGAUCAGGAGGAGGAGCAGGAGCAGCUGCAGCUGCUCCCAAUGAACGGAUCCCAAGAAGAAGCCAAGAGUCAGGCCCGAGACUUUUCUCCCACCAGCAGCAGCCAGACCUCAGGGGCCACCAAGCAUGGGCAUGAAGAUUCUGGGGACCAGGCCUCAUCGGGUGUGGAGGUGGAGAGCAGCCUGGAGCCCAGCGUGUCAGCAUCCUCAGUCACCUCAAGUGCAGUGACCCCAGGGGAUCAGGCCCUCACCAGCCAGGAGGCAGGGGGCAUGGUGCUGCCAGCUGCUGGGCUUGGGGUGGAGGCUGAGGCCCCUCAGGAAAAAAGCGAGGAGGCCCCUGUGGGCACAGCGGGGUUGGCCGGCAAGCAAGGCGAGGUGCCAUCCUUGGCUUCAUUCCCUCAAACUGAAGCUCCAAGCAGGGCCAGGGCCCCAGAUGAAGAUCACCUCUACCCCAGAACCUCAGCUUCUUUCCCACUGGCCCCCCAAGACAUGGAACUGACACCUUCCUCUGCUAUCUUGGGGCAGGAAGAUCUCAGCCAGCAGCUCCUGGACGGGCAGGCAGCUGAAGCUCAAUCCAGAAUCCCCUGGGAUUCUACUCAGGUGAUCUGCAAAGACUGGAGUAACCUGGCUGGGAAGAACUAUGUCAUUCUGAACAUGACAGAGAACAUAGACUGUGAAGUGUUCCGGCAGCACCGGGGGCUGCAGCUCCUGGCCCUGGUGGAAGAGGUGCUGCCCCGUCACGGCAGCGGCCACCACGGGGACUGGCAUAUCUCCUUGAGCAAGCCCAGCGAGAAGGAGCAGCAUCUUCUAAUGACAUUGGUGGGCGAGCAGGGGGUGGUACCCACCCAAGAUGUCCUUUCCAUGCUGGGAGACAUCCGCAGGAGUCUGGAGGAGAUCGGCAUCCAGAACUACUCUACGACAAGCAGCUGCCAGGCACGGGCCAGCCAGGUGCGCAGUGACUACGGGACACUCUUUGUGGUGCUGGUGGUCAUUGGUGCUAUCUGCAUCAUCAUCAUCGUGCUGGGCCUGCUGUACAACUGCUGGCGACGCCGGCUGCCCAAGCUCAAGCACGUGUCGCACGGUGAGGAGCUCCGCUUCGUGGAGAACGGCUGCCACGACAACCCCACGCUGGACGUGGCCAGCGACAGCCAGUCGGAGAUGCAGGAGAAGCAGCCCAGCCUGAACGGCGGCGGGGCACUCAACGGCCCAGUGGGCUGGGGCACGCUCAUGGGGGGCAAGCGGGACCCCGAGGACUCGGACGUGUUCGAGGAGGACACGCACCUGUGAGCCGGCCCCGGCGCAGGGCGCGCCCGGAGGCCAGCGCCGCCCCCUUCGCCCAGCGGUCUCGGCACAGCUGCCCGCUCCCCGCCGCGGCCCCGGGGAGCUGGGACCCUAUUAAACCCGCCCGGAGCCCACGCCGGGCCCCGC